CACACACACACACACACACAGUCUGCAUUCUCCCGGAGUACUGAGCGUUAUCUUCUCUUGCAGUAACUCGGACUUAACGGAUCUUUCCGUCGUCUCGGUCUUGCGGAAGGUGUUACUAAGCGCUUGGUGUGUAGUGUGUUGUUGUUGUGUGUUGUUGUUGUUGUUGUGUAGUGUGUUGUUGACCAGUAGUAAAGUACUGAUGGAGUUGUGGGUAAAGAUUUUAGCGCUAGCUUUAGCGUUGUUCCAGACUCACUCACAGUUAAACCCUGAGCACGAGACCAGCGGCUCGUCUCUCGCCUUCGUGUUUGACGUCACGGGCUCCAUGUACGACGACCUGCAGCAGGUGAUGGACGGAGCCUCGCGCAUCCUGCACCGUAUGCUGAGCCGCACGGACACGCCCAUCCGUAACUUUGUGCUCGUGCCCUUCCACGACCCAGAUAUUGGCCCUGUUUCCGUCACCAGCGACCCAGAACAGUUUCAACAUGACCUGCAGGACCUCUUUGUCCAGGGGGGAGGUGACUGUCCGGAGAUGAGUGUUGGAGCAAUACACUCUGCACUGGAAGUUUCUCUGCCUGGAUCAUUUAUCUACGUUUUUACAGACGCUCGAGCUAAAGAUUACAGACGUAAGCAGGAAGUGCUGCAGCUGGUGCAGCUCAGACAGUCACAGGUUGUGUUUGUGUUAACAGGGGAUUGUGGCGAUCGCUCUCAGCCCGGUUACAGAGUGUAUGAGGAAAUCGCAGCUACAAGCUCUGGACAAAUCUUCCACCUGGACAAACAGCAAGUUAAUGAGGUUCUGAAAUGGGUUGAAGAGACAGUACAGGCCAUGAAGGUCCAUUUGCUCUCUUCAGACCAUGAACUUGGUCAGGAGUCACGGUGGGAGUUGCCCUUUGACCCCGGUCUUAAGGAGGUGACUGUGUCGCUGAGUGGUCCAACACCUCAUAUUGAGCUCAGAGAUCCAGUUGGUCGAACUGUUGGUGAGAGGCAGGGACUGAGAGAGCUGCUGCACAUCCCAAACUCUGUCCUAGUGGUGAACCUGAAGAACCCUCGUCCUGGACUGUGGACACUGAAGGUGGUGUGUAGUGGGCGACACACACUCCGAGUAACUGGAGUCAGUGACCUGGACUUCAGAGUCGGUUUCUCCACUUCAGCUGUCACAGAAUUCAGCAGGACCAAAGAACGACCCAUCAAAGGACUUCCUGUGCAUUUACUUUUAAAAUGUUCAGGUCUGAACCCUCCUGGUGUGCUCAGUAGUGUGGUUUUAGUGUCAAAGCGUGGUGAGGAUCUGUUCAGUGUUUCACUUCCUGUUCCUGUGGAUGGAGGUGUGAGUGGAGUGUGGAGUGUUCCGGAGAUACAAACUCCAUCUGAAGGCUUCUUCAUUAAAGUCAAGGGGAAAGAUGGAGGUGGAUUUGACUUCCAUCGUCUCUCCAGUGUUUUGUACACAAACAUUAUUCCAGUCAGUCCUGUGGUGGAGAUGCUCUCUGUCCAGCGUGGUGUGUUAUUGCAGAAUGUGUUAAUUGACUGCAGUGUGCAGAGUGAACUUCCCUUUAUACUUAUCUUUAUGAAAGAUGGAGAGAUGCUGGGACACCAGAACAGCUACCAGUCGUCAACCAAAGCAUCAUGGGAAAUUUUUCAUGUUUCUGCAAGUGAUGAGGGAAUGUACGAGUGUGUGGCUCAGAGCACUGUGGGAGUUGGACGAGCUCACACACACUUCACUGUUAUAGCGUCUCCUAUAUUAGAUGAUAGUGUAUCAGAGGUUACAGCAGUAGCUGGUGAACCCAUCACUUUGCCUUGUGUUCUGAUGGACGGAGCUCCGCUUCCUGAGAUCAUCUGGACUCGUAAUGGACAAAAGGUCCAGAGUAAUGAGUUGAUCUCAGUCAGGAGUGAUGGCAGUCUGCACAUGAAGAGAGCUGCCCCAGAGAAUGCUGGGAAAUAUAAGUGCACUGCUGUGAACGUGGCUGGAUCAGCGAACAUAACAGUCACCCUGCAUAUCCACAUUCCUCCUGUGAUCUCAGCUGCUAGGUCUCAUUAUGAUGCUGCUGAAGGAGUGAGUGUUUCUCUGCCGUGUGAAACGAGUGGAAUCCCAAAACCUUCUAUUAACUGGAUCAAGGGCGACAAACCUGUCUCUUCCCCACAGCCUGAUGGGAGUUUGUUGAUCUUUAGCUUGACUGCAGCAGAUUCAGGGCGUUACAUCUGCACAGCGAGCAGCUCAGCUGGAGAAACACGAAGAGAGAUCACUCUCACUGUCCACUCAAAGCCCCUUAUCCUUGGAGCACACAAGCACACUGAGGUCAUUAACACAACAGUGGAGGAGGGGGACGAGGUCAUCCUGCCAUGUGAGGUUGAGGGAAGUCCCACCCCCACUGUGUCCUGGAGCCGUAACGGACAGUUCAUUCCACCAAUCACUGCCUGGCUUACGGUUUUGCCGUCUGGCUCUUUAAAGUUCAGGAAUAUCCAGCUGGCUGACAGUGACAUUUAUUCCUGCACCGCUGAGAACCCAGCUGGAGUUAACACACUGACUUACCGUCUAAAGGUCCAGGAUUCAACAAGGAUCGUUGGCCAGCAGGAGGAGGAAAUGAAUACUAUCGAAGGUCACAUGGUCUCUCUUGAGUGUGAUGUACAAACACACUCAACUCCUGAAAUCAUCUGGACAAAAGAUGGACAGCUGCUGCAGUUCGGUUCUGGUGUUCAGAUCCUGUCAGGUGGUAAGAUGCUGCAGAUUUCCAGAGUGCAGCAGAAGGAUGCAGGACAGUACGUCUGCACAGCGACCAACUCAGGAGGACAGGAGCAGAAGAGCAUCAUGCUGAAUGUUUAUUCUCCACCCUUUCUUCUCCCACUACCACACUCGGGAUCAGAGGUCAUGACCCCUCAGAUAGGGUCAUCUGUUACAUUGAGCUGUGAGGCACAAGGUGUUCCUGAACCAGAGGUCACGUGGUACAGAAAGGGAAGGAUACUGACCUCUGGGAGAACCCUGCAGGUCUCUGGUCAGAAACUGACGAUAAACAGCAUGCAGGAGUCUGAUGGAGGCGUUUAUACUUGUAAAGUCUCUAAUCCUGCAGGUCAGCAGGAGAGAAUGUUCUCAUUGAAAGUUUAUGCACCUAUUGUAAUUCAUGGACCAGUUUCUGAGAGUGUCACUCACACUCUGGGUUCUCACGUCACUCUGGUGUGUGACGCAAGUGGAAUUCCUGCUCCAAACGUGCGCUGGAUAAAAGACGGCUUGGCUUUUGGAAGUGGUAGCAUGUUGUCUUUAGGGCCACUGGAACUUUCACACAGUGGUGUUUACACCUGCAUUGCUCACAACAGUGAAGGAGAAACACACAAAAACUACACACUCAGCAUCCAGGUGCCUCCCACCAUACUGAAUACAGGUCCAUCUGAUGUCAGUGUCCUGGAGGGGGAGGAGCUUACAUUAACAUGUGCAGCAGAGGGCACGCCCACUCCACAGCUCACCUGGAUGAGAGAUGGUGUGAAACUUGAGACCACUGAGCAUGUGCAUGUCUCUGCACAUGGGAGAACAUUAACACUCCUGAGAGUGACAAAGGAAGAUUCUGGAAUAUACAAAUGUGUAGCCGUCAGUCCGUCUGGACAGGAAAGCAAAGUGUUCACUUUGUUAGUGUUGGUCCCUCCCUCCAUACUGAAACACUCUGAUGUCCCGCUGGAUGUUCAGGCUGUUUAUAACAGUGUGGUGUCUCUGGAGUGUCAUGUGAUGGGCGUUCCUCCUCCUCACAUCACCUGGCUGAAAGAAGGGAAUCCACUGCAGCUCACAUCUCGAGCACACCUGCACUCAAAACACACACUCCUCAGGAUCUCUCCAGUGCAGCUCUCUGACUCUGGACUUUACACCUGUGUGGCUCGAAGUGAAGCAGGAUUUGCAGAACAGAAAUUCCACCUGCAUGUUGAAGGCCCUGGCGUGGUGGAACACGCUGAGAAAGUGGAGCACAUUGUAAUAGUUCGAGGCUCUGUGGUGACACUGGUAUGUGAGGCUCAUGGUGUUCCUCCUCCAAUCCUCACUUGGUUGAAGGACAGUGAGCCGCUGUCAUUCCACCAGAACAUGCUGGUACAUGAUGGAGGAGAAACUCGCUUCCAGUUGCUGGAUGUUCAACUUGAGGAUGCUGGACUUUACAGUUGCACUGCAAAGAACCAGGCUGGAACCAGCACUAAGACUUUCAACCUCACUGUCUUAGAACCUCCUAAGAUAUCCAGCUUUCUAAGAAGAGAGCAGCUGAUGGUGGUGGUGAAUGGAGUUUUGGAGUUGGAUUGUAUUGCUGAUGGAUUUCCUCCACCCACUGUAAGCUGGAUGAAGGAUGGACAUCCGCUAGAGGACAGCAGAGUUGUACUACACAGAGAUGGACAGAUUCUCACUAUCAGCAACAUUCAGAUGGAGGAUGCAGGUUUGUACAGUUGUCUUGUCAGUAACCCAGCAGGAGAAGAUGGGCGGAGUCUCUGGGUACAUGUUCAGGCUCCUCCUAAACUGCUGGGUUCUAGUGAUAUCAGAACUAUAUCUGUACCCUUUAAUGGUCACAUGACCUUGGAGUGCCGGACAGACAGCGAGCCUCCACCAGAGAUCCAGUGGUACAGAGACAAUAUUAAACUUAAGUUGGGAGGUCGGAUCCAGAGCAUUGCUGGUGGUCAGUAUUUAGAGAUUGGAGAUGUGAGGAAAGAAGACGGCGGACUUUACAGCUGUGUCGUUUCCAAUAUGGCUGGCAGCUCAAGUCUGCAGUUUCAUGUACAGAUCCUCUUGCCCCCUGUUAUUAAAGAAGGCAGUUCAUUGGUCACUGCACAUGUCCAUCAGAUGGUGGUACUACCUUGUGAGGUGGAGGGAGACUCCGCCCCCUCUGUGUCGUGGAGGAAAAAUGGAGUACCAGUUCUGUUUGACAACAAGUUUGUUUUACUGUUGGACGGAUCAAUGCGCAUCGAAUCAGUACAACUCACUGACGCAGGCCGUUAUUACUGCAGCGUGUCUAAUGAGGUGGGGUCAGACCAGCGCAGCAUGGAGCUCCGUGUCUAUGUUGGUCCCUCCAUUAAGCCUGGCCCUUUUAACGUAACCGUGACAAUGGGACAGAGGGCUGCUUUAGGCUGUGAAAGUUCAGGUGUACCUGUUCCUCGAGUGAGCUGGAAGAGGAAUGGACAAGCACUGAACACACACACUGGAGCUCACAGGUUGAUGACUUCAGGGUCUCUGCUUAUAAUUUCACCAUCUCUUGAGGAUGAAGGAUAUUUUGAGUGCACAGUAACCAAUGAGGUUGGAGAGGAGCGAAGGGUCAUAGAGGUCAUGCUUCAAGUUCCCCCAUCUAUUGAAGAUGAUGUCAUCAGUGUUACAGCCAAUAAAAUGGAGUCAGUGAUAUUACCGUGUCACGUCACAGGACGUCCAACACCAUCCAUCAGCUGGACCAGGGGGGGUACAGCACUGGGCACAAAGGGGGGCAGUUACAGGAUCCUACCCACAGGCAUGUUAGAGAUACUGGCUGUGAAUCCAACUCAUGCUGGCAGAUACACCUGCAGAGCACAAAACCCAGCUGGAGUCGCACGGAAACACAUCAGUCUGUCUGUACACGAGGCUCCUGAAAUAAGGAACAUGGUUAAAGAAGUGAUUGUGCUGCUGAAUCAGAAAGUUGUUCUGAACUGUGAUGUUCACGGAUUCCCCAAACCUUCAGUGACCUGGCUUAAAGAGGGUGUUCCCAUAGCAACAGGGGAGCGCCUGGUGGUUGUGUCUGAUGGAUCACUGAGACUUUCUCAGGUUACACUGGACGAUGGAGGAUCGUAUUCCUGUCUGGCACAAAAUGCAGCUGGCAGCACUGAGGGCAAAACUGAACUCAUCCUGCAGGUUCCUCCUGUCAUUUCUGUACCUCAUGAUCAAUACACACUCAGUGUUGGCGAGUCUGUCAGCAUGCCGUGUUCAGCGAUCGGUCAGCCGGAGCCGGAGCUACAGUGGCAGAAAUUGGGUGGCUCUGUUCAGGGAGUAGCCAACCUACAGACAUUCACCAAUGGAACACUGCACAUCAAAAAUGCUAAACUUGAAAAUGCUGGAGUUUACACGUGUACAGCCUUGAACAGUGCAGGGAGAGUGAGCCGUGACAUCACACUGAUUCUGCAAGUCAUGCCCAUGAUUGAUGUCACUCAGUCAGAAGCGUCCUUCAUCCAGGGCUUCCAGAGUCUGCUGCCGUGUUCAGCUGUAGGGUUACCUGAACCCAAAAUUCACUGGGAGAAAAACGGAGAAGUUAUCCAGAACCUGCAGGGAAAAUUUACAGUCCUGAGAUCAGGAGAGCUAAUCAUUGAGAGAACCCAGCUCUCUGAUGCAGGUAUUUUCACCUGUGUGGCUGUGAAUGCAGUAGGUUCUGCGCAUCACAAAGUCCAGCUGUCUGUUAACAUGAGGCCAGAGUUUAAGGAGUUACCGAGUGACAUGACACUGAGGGUGGGGCAAAACCUGACCCUCACCUGCCACGCCCACUCCACCCCACCCCCUAUUAUCACCUGGACUGUUAAUAAUCGUCCCUUUACAGGAUACAGUGUGGAUGAAGCGGGUCGGAGUUUCCUGAUGAUUGAAAAUGUCACAUUGAAGGAUUCAGGAUCAUAUGUGUGUACAGCGGAGAACGGUGUUGGGUCGAUCCAAGCUUUAGCACUUAUCCACAUCACAGAGCCUCCAGUUCUGAGAGGAGCUGCCAAUGUGUCUCAGUUAGUGUCUCUUGGUGCAGUAGUUGUGUUGGAUUGUCCUGUUAGAGGAACUCCAGCUCCAGUGUUGCUCUGGUUUAAAGAUGGCCACCUGCUGCAGGUCACUAAGCACCUUCAUCGUCUCCUCAACGGCUCUCUUGUUCUGUACAGUGCCACGAGCAAGGAUUCAGGAGAGUAUCAGUGUGUUGCUGAAAAUGAGUUGGGAAGUACAGAGAGGACAAUAUCUCUGAAAGUACAGGAUGCAGAUGGUUUCUCUCCCUGGGAGCAGUGGGGGCCAUGUAGUGUCACAUGUGGGCGUGGCCUCCAGCAGCGAACCAGAUUUUGCAACAACCCAAAACCAUCCAAUACUGAAGCAGCAUGUGAGGCUGCAGAUACUGAGUCCAGGCAGUGCCAGGCAUCUUUAUGUUCAGACUCUCUCCGCAGGGCACGAGCCAGUGUGAUCGGGAUGGUGAAUGAGCGUGAGUUUGGUGUGUCUUUCCUUGAGGUGAACAUCAGCAAGAACUCUGAGAGCAGAAGCAGCACACUGGAGGCUCACAUGGAGAAUGUUCCUCACAGUGUGGGUCCUUUGAUUAAAGUUCUUAUAUCUGCUUUGACUCCGAUUUACUGGACGGCUGUUUAUGAAUCAGCAGGAACUAAGAACGGCUUCUCUAUCAGCCGGGGGAUUUUCAGACAAGAAUCCCAAAUGGAGUUUAACACAGGAGAGAUCUUAAAGAUAACCCAUGUGGUGAGAGGUGUGGAUGCAGAGGGAGUUCUGCUAGUGGACAUGGUCAUUAGUGGAUUUAUUCCUGCAGUGUUUUUAUCCCCAGUACUACAUCAGCAGGAUUUUGAAGAGACAUAUGUGCAGGUCGGCACUGGUCAGAUUUACUCCUGGUCUACCCAGAAUUCUUUGCAGGAGGGUGAUGGUUCGGUGCUGACGCUCCGCUGUAAUCACUCACUGUUGUUUGAUGGAUCAGUGAAAAGUUUCACUCCACUACUGCAGCAAAUCCGUCUGUCACACAUCAGCAGCUCCUACAACAUGUUAAAAUUCAGUCUGGACUUUCGCCUAACAGCAGUGUUAUUGCUGCCAGAUGGUGAUGGAGAGAAAUGCCCAGAAGGAUUCUUGCUGGAUGAAUCAUCUUACUGUGUUGAUGAGGAUGAGUGUGUGUCGGAUUCUCCAUGUUCUCACUCCUGCGUUAACAUUAUGGGGGGCUUCAGCUGCACCUGUCCAUCAGGAUUCACCAUCAACACUGAGAGCAACAGCUGCCAAGAUAUAGAUGAGUGUGUAGACGGAUCUCACAUGUGCCCGCAUAACCAGUUAUGUGUGAAUACAGUUGGAAAUUAUCGGUGUUCUGUGAAGUGUGGGCUGGGAUUCAGACACAGAACUGGUGGUACUGAGAACAGAACCAGGACUGAUGGCUGUGAAGAUGUGGAUGAGUGUUUGGAGUCAUCGGUGUCUCCCUGCCAGCAUCGGUGCUUUAACACACUUGGCUCAUUCUUCUGUGGCUGCCGGUCUGGAUACCACCUGGUGGGACAUCGCUGCUUUGAUAUAAAUGAGUGUUUGAGGAGUGUGUGUCCAUCUCACCAGCAAUGCAAGAAUACAGAUGGAGGAUAUCAGUGUUUUGAUAGCUGUUCAUCAGGAAUGACCCUGGCUGAAACUGGUGUGUGUGUGGAUGUAGACGAAUGUAAAGACGGCAGUCACAUGUGUCGCUACAGUCAGAUCUGCCAAAACACGCUUGGUGGUUAUGUAUGUGUGUGUCCCAGAGGCUACCGGUCACAGGGUGUGGGCAAGCCGUGUGUAGAUGUUGAUGAGUGUGCACAGUCUCCAAGUCCAUGUGGGUAUCAGUGCCGAAAUGUACCUGGUAGUUUCCGGUGUUUGUGUCCCCCGGGAUCUAUCUUGCUGGUGGACGGCCGCUCGUGUGCUGGACUUGAGAGAGCAAAUGUGUUUAGAAAUCGAACUUGGGUUGGACUUCAGCCUCAGUUGGUAUCCACAAGGGGUAAAACACUAAUGCUGCUACAGAACACACAGCCAGGGGCACCAUGGAGCAGUUUACACACCUGCCCACCUGGUUAUACAAGUAAAGCCAGUACCUGUGUGGACAUUGAUGAGUGUGUGCUUAGGAAACCGUGCCAACACGAGUGCCGCAACUCAGUGGGAAGUUUUCAGUGUUUUUGCCCUUCGGGAUAUCAGCUGAUGCCCAAUGGUCAAACAUGUAGAGAUAUUGAUGAAUGUGUUGAGCACAGUUUACAGUGUGGACCAAGCCAAAUGUGCUUUAACAUGAGGGGGAGUUAUCAAUGUUUGGACACUCCCUGUCCUGCCAGCUAUCACAGAGGAGGAAGUCCAGGCACGUGUUACAAGCCCUGUUUACAUGGAUGUGUCACAGGAUCCUCUCUCCUCCUUCAGUAUAAACUCCUCACACUUCCUUUGGGAAUUCCAGCUCAACAGAACGUCAUCCGAUUAUCAGCAUUUUCCGAGACUGGUGUUCUUCAAGAGAGUACAGUUUUCACCAUUCUGGAACAAAAUGGAGAGAUUACAGAGGGGCUGUUUGGGAUUAAAGGCGAGGCUGGAAGAGGAAUCGUUUUCACCACUCGCUAUUUAAAUCAGUCUGGUCUGGUGAACCUGAAGGUCCAAGCAACCACCCGGAAUCAGCUUGGACAAAUCACUUACCAGAGUUUAUUCAUCAUUUACAUAUCCAUUUCUGCUUAUCCAUACUGAUCUCCAGUCAUCCACAAACAUCCCUUCAGUACUGGUCCUACAGUGUUCAUUGUGUGUGCAGUUUUAGUAAAUAAGAUUAAAGGGUUUUCACAGAUUGUUCUGUUAUCAUGCCAAGGAAUAAAAUUUCAGAAUUAUAAUGGAUAACACCUGCUUGAAAUGAUUACUUUACUAUAUUUUAGUACUUGAUGUUUUUAAAAUGUGUAUUAAUGUGUACAUUGUGCUUUGAACACUGAACUUUAGUGAGCUGCUGCUGUGAGAAAUGUGUAAUAAACUGCAGACGUGUUCUCAGCAUUCUUAACAUCAUUGGAGCUUCAUUUCAAUAAACCUUUAUGCACUGAUCAUGCAGGAAGAAGUAUUUUCUAAUGCAAUAAUUCUACUACAAUAACUUGAUUCUACCUAGAUAGUUAUCGUUAAUUCAAUUCAAUUUGUUUGUAUAGCACAUUUAACAAUUGAUGUCUCAAAGCAGCUUCACAAAUCUAGAAACAGUAAAAUUUAAAUGUUUAAAAUUAAAUGACUAUUUAUCUCUAACAUCUAUCAACAUGAUCAAGCCUGAGGUGAUGGGGCAAGAAAAAACUCCCUGAGAAACCAGAUUCAGAAGAGAACCUCAUCUUCAUUUGAGUGACACUGGACAUGAAAUAAUGUAAAUGUAAAUAAUGUUCUUUCUACAACAGUUUGUAGUCCAGUGGAAAUUAGCAGCCAAGAGUUCAGGAUCAUUUUUGAGUUCAUUAGAGACUGACUGAAAUGUUUGUCCUUUGACUAAAUUGUCCUUUUCUGUGUGAACUGAAGAUACCAGUUUUAAUAAAUCAUAACAUUAAA